AUGGCAUUGCAGUUUCAGUCGUAUGUUGGUAAUUUUCAUUUAACUCCGCUCGCAUAUAAAUACAUGCUACCUGAAGAAGAUUACAUUACUUUCACAACGUCGCGACAAAAACAACCCUUUGAAUAUCAUAGUAGAUUCUUCGAAUACUUUUUUUGCGUCAACACUCACUUUUCUUUUACUUCGUUCUCGACUCGUCAUAUUUACCACUCUCUCAUAUCGCAGAUUCGAAUGUUUAAUUUGCAGAGCGAAGAAUGUGUUAUAUGCGAGGAUCCGAUAGAUCCAGAUGAUGAUCUGGUGAUAACCAGUUGUCGUCAUAAGUUUCAUCGCCAAUGUGCUGAAAAUCGUGUCAAUCAGACAAAUAAGACAGACUGUCGUAUUUGUAAAGCACCUGAUGCUCUCACUGAUGCACUUCAACGUCAGGCUGACAUCCAAGGAAGAUGUUCCAUAUGUAAUAUGAUCUUGAAUGAAAAACCAAAUCUCAUCACAACAAGUUGCGAGCAUACAUUUCACCUUAUCUGUGCAGAAAGGCGUGUUUACGAAAGAAACCGACCAGAAUGUCGUGUUUGCAAAAAAUUGAUGGCCCUUGCCGAUGCACUCACUCAAAGCAAGCCUAAACCAGGACAAGAAUGUUCCAUAUGUGAAAAACCGACCGAGGAAGAGGAGGAGUUAAUAGUAACCGGCUGUCGUCACACAUUCCAUCGCGUCUGCGCUGAGAAUCGUCUGAAUGAGAAAAACAAAUCUGAUUGUCGUGCUUGCCAAAAACCUCACGCAAUUGCCGAUGCUCUUCAUCCACCGGCAAUUAGUAUUGAAGGCGAAUGUUCAAUAUGUGAGGAUCCUUUAAAUCACAUGUUGAUCACAAAUUGUGGCCAUUCAUUUCAUCACGGCUGUGUUCGAAAAUUAGUCAAUCAAGAGAAAAAGAUUGACUGCCAUGUUUGCUAUAAACCUGGUGCACUUGCUGAAGCUCUGAAUAAAAAACCAGAUAUUCCAAUAUCCAGUAGUGCUCACAAUACUUCCAUAGAAAAUCAGUCGGAACAGAACCUUGAAGCAAGUGAAUAUGCCGAGCAGCAAUCGAGUGUUCAAGACAAAAGUGAAGUCGUGAAGACGAAGGAGCAGUGGACAUGUGAACAUUGCACACUCACUAAUGACCCAUCAACUAAUCGCUGUAGUUCAUGUGGAAAAGUGCGAUAUAUGCGCGCCAUAACAGUAGACGAAACGGAUGAACAGAAAACUGACAGAUCAUCUGCCAAAUCUACUUUGGCUCGAUCAAUAUCACUCGAGAAGAUCUAUCUGUACAUAAUGGAUAUACCAUUACUCAACAUGAGUGACUCGCAACUCGCAACUCUUAUUGAUCAACGCCUUAAAACAUUUCGAAUCUCACUCCUCGAUGUUCAAUGCUACUCAAAAUUAGGAAUUGGGCGUAUUCGUGUGCAAGACAAUGAGACAUGUCAGCAUUUAACUGAAGAGGUUAGAAGACUAGCACUUAACCCACAGGAUGCAUCAGCCACUAUCCUUUUCACCAAAACAUUCACUUAUGUCUCUUACAUUGUUCUUACCGCAACCCAUCAACACGAUGAUAUAGUUUGGCCCAAACCAGAGAGGCUCAUGCGUCGAUGUAGAGAAAUCUACUCAGACGAGGCGCUACAAUCGUGCGAACAAGUUGAUAUUCAGUUUCCUAAUAUAUAUCGUGUUGUUCUUUCAUCAUUUAACGAAUUAGGCGAUAUCCUUAACAACCGGGAUUUCACCAUUGAUGGUAAUUUAAUCGCUGACGUUCAUCUCGGCUCGGAGUGUAGUUAUCUCGAAAAUGUUCCAAAAUCAAUCUCUGAUGAUGAUAUUCGAGAAGCAAUCAAGAAAGCCAUAGGACAAGUAGAACCCAUUUCCACAUCAGAUCUUUGCAUUCAGAUCAAUAAACAAACGAAUAAUGUUUGUUUGAUUGCUUCCAAUACGGCUCGCAAAUUAUCAACUAAAUCCAUCUAUCUUGGACAACAGCCAAUUAUGACAACGGAAAGUCUGUCACUCUGCCUGUUUAUUCACGCUGAUAAGGAAACAUGUGAUAAAGACACUAUUGUUCAAAACGAGGCAUUCAAGAGCAAAGCACGAUUUAAGAAACAACGUGCAGAUGGUCUGAUUGUAGAAAUAACAGACAAAACUGUAUUCAAUGAAUGUAUCAAACGUGGACUUUUACGUAUUGGUGAUCAUAGAUUUCUAUUGGAAACAUACAAUUCAUCUAGCGAUCCAGAUGAGUGCGAAAUUGAUGCUGAUACGUGGCUCAAAACAGACAUGCUUCGGUACACGGCAGAUAUCAUGAAAUUUGUUCCAGAUCGACAUCACAAGAUUUUCCGUCUUAGAUGGAAUGCCACGAAUUGGCUAGACGAAUUUCAGCGUGUAAAACAAGGCAGUCUGAUUACUAGAAACGCAUCCCAUAUCGAACAGAAUGGAGAUAUGACAUUUGAUGACUUGCAACAUCGCCUCCGGGUAACUGUUAUGCUCAACACAAUUGGAAUAAUCUUUAAAAAAAGUUACAUGAUAGAUGAUCGAGAAAUUAAAUUAAAUUUAAAUCCAAACAUGCAAACGAUUAUUUACAAUAAACAGUCGAAGCUAGCCUUGGCAGGGCCGAUGCCUUUCACGAAGUUUCCUUUCAGCAGAACUAAGGUUUCAGUAGUCAAGAAGGAUUGUGUUGUUGUUUAUGAGGAGUUGACAAAGCAAGGGAAAAAGCCGCUUCUCUUGAACAUGGCCAGUGCAACCAGUCCUGGUGGUGGUUAUCGAAAAGGUGAUGGAGCACAAGAAGAAAACCUCUUCCGACGAUCGGACUAUAUUCGAAGCCUCGAUGUUGGUCUAGAUCAGUUUAUCGACAAUCCAUCUGAACGAUCGAGUUGCACGUCGACAUGCAAUGUUGAUGCGUCGUACGAUGCACGCAACAUGUAUCCCAUGGAUACAUAUGGUGCUAUUUAUACAUCAGGUUUAACAUUUUUCCGUCGACCUGAAGACGAAGGUUAUGCUUUCAUGGAAGUACCCUUGACAGGAGUGUGCGCAUUGGCCAUGGCUGCCUAUCGAGAUCCAGAAUUAGAUGGGGACAUGUUAGCAUCAAAGCCUGCUGUUAGAACACGACGAAAGCUCGAGAGUAUUUUCUCGAUUGCCUAUCACCAUCAUCAUGAUUGUUUAGUUCUAUCAGCCCUCGGCUGUGGGGCUUUUAGAAAUCCACCCAAACACAUUGCACAAAUUUUCCGCUCAGUCAUCGAACAAUACGCUGGAUUUUUCCAGUCUAUCGUCUUUGCGAUUAUUGAUGAUCAUAAUACAGGACAAGCUCUGAACAAGGAAGACAACUUUCAGCCAUUUUACGACGAAUUAAAUGACAAAUCAAUAGAACCAUACCCAUUAAACCCUCAAGCUAAUAUAAUAUUUGGUCCUUAUCGUUUUGCAUCUGAUGGUGUGAAUGUAUGCGAUGUCUCAAUAUCUGACCAGGUUCCCUGCAACUUUGGCGCUAAAUGUAGUCAAAUGUAUGAUCCUCAACAUGAGAAUGAAUUUUCUCAUCCACCAUUAUGCAUUCAACAGUUGACACAGGGUUCAUGCUCGCAAAAAACUGAUGCAGUUCACACAGCGUCAUUUAUUCAUUCCGAACCGUGUAAACAUGGUGCACAAUGUCGAGAUAUUGACGACGAAGAGCACAGACGAAGAUUUGAACAUCCUUCGUUUUGUCCAGCUGGUGGCGUGUGUCAAAAUACAACUGAAACGCAUGAGAAGCAAUAUCGUCAUUUACCACUGUGCGAAAACAGUCACAAAUGUUUGGAGUUUAAAAAAGGAAAUUCAGAUCACUGUAGUACAUAUCGUCAUUACAUGCCUGUUUGUAAACAUGCACAGCACUGCACCGAUUUUCACAAUAAAGAUCAUAUGAACAACUACAAACAUACGUUUCCAACCCCAUGUCCUUGGACGCCAUACAACUGUCAGUUUCAUGGCGAAUUAACACAGAACUCGAAUGGCGGAAAAGCUUCUCAUGCCGCUCAUCAACACUGUGCUGAUUAUGGGCAUGUUUGUGUGUUUGGUAGAAAUUGUCAUGAUCCAAAUGCGUGGCACUGGGAAAAAGUCAUUCACGUUGCUCGUAAACUAUGUAAAUAUGCCGAUAAAUGCCAUAAGGCCAACCAAGAAGAUCAUUUGAAUUCCUUUACACAUCCAAAUAUUCGCGAUAUACGUAUCGCAUGUAAAAAUGGUGACAAAUGUGUCGAACGAAGAGACAUAAACCAUUUAGCAAGAUAUCGUCAUGCAAUGACCUUUACGGACAGUGGUGUAGUCAAGUACUUCAAUUUGAACAAAGAUAUUAACUUCGUACAAAACCAAAGCGAUAAUAUUAAACGUGUUUUAGCUUAUGCUGAGAAACAAAACUGGAAACUCUUUUCGAUGAAGUCUAUUGCUGCGGAAAUCAUAGAUUGGAUACGGACGAUUCAACCUGUUCAUCGUUGUAAAGGAGAAAUAUUCGAGUCCAUCAUUCUCCAUGGUCAUCUUAUGAGUCUCGAGUAUAUGGAUAAGCUAAGCAAACCAGCAUUUGUUGCAAAUUUAAUUCUUCAGCAUAGUCAAAUUCGACAAAUAGAACGUUUGAAAAUACCUGAAUAUGCAAAUAAUGCCAGAGGAUACAUAACGGCCUUGGUUACUGAUAUUUAUGCAAAAGCUGGCUUUUUAAAAGUUUACGCAGGUGAUUUAACUGGUACGCUUACAACGCAUACCGGCAAUGCUGCCUCUUUAGAAGACCGUGCGGAACAGAUCAAACGCAUAGAAUAUAUGCUCUCAGUUCAACUCAACAAUCCGCAAGAUAUGAACAUUAUUCAUGCAAAAACUAAACAAAUAGCUGAGGCUUCGAUCAAACUGAGUUUGAAUAAGAGUGGUAUCGGCUAUGAAGUCGAUAAAAAGCUGGGAACCAACAAAACGAUUUUUAGCAUCUUAGGUCCGCAUACUGGUCACUACUAUGGAGAUGUAGUUCUUGUUCUCAAACGUGAAAUCCUUCAUCAUCCUGACGCAAAUUUUUCUAUUCAAGCAGGGACCUCGUAUUACAGUGAAAAAUGUUACAGCUGGCGUCCAUGGUUUGGCACUGCUCCAAAUCCAAAAGUGGAUGCGACACAGAUCGAUCUAUUUCAUAAAACGAAAAUGCAUGCUUCCGUACCUGGUUAUGAAUAUGCCACCGCUCUCGAGCUUAUCGCCGUAACAAGCAAUAAGACAAAGCUAAAACCAUCAGAAGUUAAUCUUGAUAAGGUUCUUGAACGAUGGAACACGGUAGAUUCGCACAAAGUUAUCGAAGCUCAUCUACCUCAGCUGAUCCCAUUAGAUUAUAUUGAACAUAUUUAUAUGCCAAAAACUGUACAUCAAGCUCUGGCAGAAGAUACACGUAAAAUAGUGGACGAUCUUUUCAAAGAUUGUCUCACUGUUUCAGACAAGAGCCCUGACGAGUAUAAAAAGUUUAUAUUAACUGAACUCACCCAACGAUUUCGUCCAGAUGACCGUCGAACAGUAUCUCGUCCUAUUCGUGGUGCUUGUUUGACAAUACCGGCAACGAAGUUAAAUGAUCAUUAUGUUGUACCAUUGACCAUUUCACAAGCAGAAGAACAAUACCGUCAUAGUGAUCCAAGUAUAACCGAAGACAGCACAGUUUACAUCUAUUGGCAACUUAUGAAUGGAGAUAUGAUGUUGACAUUAUCUGCUACAAAUAUUGAUACACGUGACAGCGCGACAAAACACUCUUGUUUAGUUUGUUAUGUUGCUCCAAAGCCAGUGUUUUAUCCAUCCGAUGAUCUCGAAUAUCAUGAACAAAUAUCAUACUUGAACAGUGGCCAACCGUUUGAACAUUUAGUGUUUCUCAAAGAGAAGAGAUUUGCAGGAAAAUCUACGGAUUUCUAUACGGGAUGCAACACUGAUGAUAUUAUGACACUCUGCCUAGAAAUCCAACGUGCAACUGGAACAGUCAGUCUUUAUCAUGCUGGACCAAACGCUAUCUAUAAUCAUCAAAAGAUCUUCUGUAAAUUUCUCACAAAUGAACUUAAUACAAAAAAAUUAGAAUUCAUACACGUAAGCGCCGGAAAUGGAACUGUGCCGAUUCGAAAUUUGAUUGUAACAUUCAAAAAGCAAGAAGAUCUACAUCCAACAUUCGAUGAAGAUUUUGUUAAAGAUAAUUCGCUCAUGACUCAGAAAGAAUCAACGAAAGAGACAAUCAAUAAACCACAAACGCCUCCUCCUCGACCAGAUGAUAAAAACACGACUUCAUAUGGUUUUGCGUCAUCUGCUCUGAGUCACUUAAAGGGUAUUUUCUUUGGCACUGGUGACAGUUCAUCAUUGAAACUGUGUCCUGAGGGCAUUAACUGCUCCAUUCAAUUCUCAGACAAUGCAAACACACACAACUCACAGUGGCUUCAUCCCUGUCGCUUCGCUGACCUUUGUCGAAAUCCCGAGCCUAAUCUAAGUCAUCCUCGAAUACUACGUGGACUUCCUCAUUGUACCUCCGAUGCACAUUGCAAACAAAUUUGUGAACCGGUGCAUCGAUCUCGUUAUGUUCACACAGGUUUGCCGUUCUACCUGAUUCCAUGUCGAAAAAAGAAGAACUGCAAGGAUGAGUCCGAUGAUCAUCGAAAGAAAUAUUCACAUGACGAAGAAGAACUGAAAGAAAUUAACGAACAGCUUCUCAAAGUUUUACCUGAACAACUAACAAAGGGCAGUCCACGGCCGUCAGAUCAAAGAAGUACGUCCGUUCAACACACACCAUGUAGAUAUGGCGCAAAAUGUCGUGAUGUAACAGAUCCGCAACACUGCGACAAAUACUCCCAUCCUCCUGGCACAGAGAAAAAAGAUAAUCGUAUUAUUUGCAAAUAUGGUGCUAAAUGUCAUGACAUUACAGAUAAUCAUCGAAGAAAAUACUCCCAUCCUUCAACUUAA